AUGCUUCAGUUGAUUGGAGCGUUUGCCUUCCAAUUCACCCACCCGUGGCGAGGGAACCUCUCAGUGACGUCAUCGCUGCUGGACCUGACGACGCCGCGGCGUGAGCCGAUGCGGGUGACGGUGGCGGCCGAGGAGGUGACGCGGGAGCUGCGCGAGCGGGGCCUCUCCGUCACCACCGACGUGGUGGUGCUGCUCGAGGACGACGUCCGCCACCCGCCCGAGUUCGGACGGAGCUUGUACGUGACCCAGCUGUUCGAAAGCCCGCCGCUGGGCACCAUCCUGAACUUUGCCCCGCCGCUGGAGACCACUGGUCAGCGGGGCACGUUCGCGCUCAGCAUCAUCGGUGACCUCGCCUCCAAGUGUUUCGAGGUGGAGCCCACCGUUCUCAGCGGUGAUGUCCAGUUCGACAUCCGAGUCAAGAACAACCAGCUGCUCGACUUCGAGAAGCUCGUGCGGCCGGAGAUCCGGUUCAGGAUCAAGGCUCAGGAGGUGGAGCUGGCCGGCAGGACCCGGCCAACUCUCAUCAGCUACACCAACGUCACCGUCACCGUCAUCGACCAGAACGACAACGCGCCCGCCUUCGAGAAGGAUCUCUACGAGGCGUUCUUCGACGAGAACAUCGAGCGGGGGACCCCCAUUCUCAAGGUGGCAGCCAUUGACGCCGACCAGGCGGACGGCGGCCGGGUGGUGUACUCGGGACUGACCGGCGACAACGCCGAUGACCUGACCCUGGACCCGACCUCCGGUCAGAUCUCGGUCAAGGUCACCAACCAUCGCUUUGACUUCGAGACUCAGGAGGAGUACCGGCUGCAGGUGUUCGCCACCGACAGCGGGGUGCCGCAGCGGACGGGGACGGCCUCGAUCGUGCUCACCGUGCGGGACGUGAACGACAACCCGCCCGUGUUCACAAGCCCGAUGUAUAGCGGCAAGCUGAGUCCGAAGGGCGACAAACUGGAGGAGGCCGUCCAAGUUCUCGCCGUGGAUCGCGACUCGGGGGCCAACAGCAAGGUCGCCUACCGGCUCCGUGGCAGCAGCAAGUACCGCGACAACUUCGCAAUCGAUCGCAACACAGGCGAGCUGAGCGUGCGGAAGCCGGUGCCGAUGGAGCUGACUGACAGCAGGGACCCGCGCCGGCUGCCGGAGAACCAGCCGCUGACAUUCCAGCAAGCGGGGUCCGAGGCGGUUAACGACAGGAUCGAGCUGCAGGUCGAGGCACACGACGAGGGUAGCCCCCAGCUGUUCAGCAAGGUGCCCGUCUACAUAUACAAGAAGGAAAACGUGCAGACCAUGACAUUCCUGGUAAACGAAGACGUGGACACCGUCCUGCAGAACCAGGAUGAUGUGGAGCGCCAGCUGUCGGUGUUCACGGGCGGCACGGCCACCAUCACCAACGUCAAGCGAUACGAGGGCGACGACGAACUGACGGGCAGGAACGGCCAGCAGCUAGAAGGAAAGACGGCCAUUACAGCCAGGGUACAUCGGCCGUAUGACGCCAUCUUCGACACCACCAGUCUGGGAGGAGGAGCAGGUUCUAAAAAUGAAGACGGUGGCACUGAUGGGGGAGAGGCUAUUGAUCAGGCAGCAGUGAACAGCGUCUGGUUCUGGCUCCUGAUAGCUCUGGCCCUCAUUAUCAUCAUCAUUCUUAUCAUCGUCUGCUGCUGCUGCUACUGCUCCUGCUGCUAUGCCUGCUGUCCUCUCUGCAGCUGCUACAAGCGAAAGAUGGUGAAGGAGUACGACGAGGAGGCGGUGGCGUACGUCAACGUGAACGGCGGCGAUGCACAGCAACUGAACCGCAGUCACGGGCGCGGUGGCAAUGUCCUGCAGAGGAUGCGUUCUGCCGUGGCCGGUCCGGCGGAGAGGGUGCGGUCAGCGGCCAGUCGCCAGGCGUGGUCCGGCAACGGUCGCUACCGCCAGCUACCGGCCGGAGGGAGAAACUCUCACUCGUCGACGCUCCGCUUGGUGGACGCGGCUGAGACCGAGCCGGGCCGGGAGAACGUGGUGAUGCUGCGCCAGGGAAUGGAGGACGAGAUCUCACGCGUGGUGCGAGGCGGCCGCGACAACCAGAUCGUGCUCGUGCCCAACGAGAUCGGCAGCCUGCACAGGUCUAGCUCCAGGGCGUCUCGGGGCGGCCCCAAAAUGUACCGGGUAAUGCGCGACGGUCGGCGCCAGCUCCAGCUGGUGGAUGAGGACGGCUACCGCGAGCGGAGGUCCGUCGUCCUGGACGGGGUGCGCACCGCCUCCCGCCGCACGCCCUCCGUCGAGGUGCUGACUCUUGAUGACCAAAACGGGGGCAGGGACGCCGAGUACCACCGCAAGGGCCGCAGCGACUCGCUGCGUCUGUACACGUCUGCCAAACGACGCCAGAGGGAUUUCUCCCUCGACAGGGACGGAAACCCGAUCGAGCGUCCGGUGUUCCGUGGCCGACCGCGGGACGACCAGGACGUGCGGUACGGCCAGCCGGUGGGGCCGCAUCGCGCCGGGCCGCGCCGGCGCACGCGCAGCGAGGUCAUGGUGGUGCACGAGGACGACGAGCUCGAGGAGGACAGGCUGGAGGAUGAGGACGGCCGGUUGGAGGACGAUGGCGGGGGCGGCAAGGCUAUGAUCAUGACGCGCUUCAUGAACAGUCAGGAGGGUGCCCGGUACGAGUCGGACCAGCUGCGCAGGGAGGAGGAGGAGGAACAGCUAGACGUGCAACAGUCGGGCCAGCACGGCGUCACAGUGACGUCACUGACGCGGCGUGGUGACGUCAUCCAGGGCGAGGCGCGUGUGUCGGCGCGGGCCAUCAAGACGCCGAUCCAGGAGGAGACGCAGAGCGUGCUGGAGAGGGAGGAGCGGGAGAUCCACGCGCCGCUGCCGGGCUCACCAGAGCCGCUGUACGCGCAGACCAAGGCGUCCAUCCUGCGCCGGCGCAACAGCAAGGCGGUACUGCAGGAGGAGCUGCAGCAGGCCGGUCUGCUGCACGCGCACCGCCAGUCGGACGGCGGCGAGCCGCGCCGUGCCUCCGAUGACUCGACCGGUGCAAAAAAACGGGGGGCGCCGGCGGUUCACGCGUGA